UAACGCUUGUCGCUGACACCGACGAGGAAGCCAAUGUCUGGAGCUGAUCAGUGAAACCUCCACCGGAUCAGACCAGACAUGGGCACACUGCACCACCUAAACGCGCUCAUCACCGAGCGGCUCACCGCGGCGGCGGUGGAGAUUUUCGGGGCUGUGGAGAAAACCUUAAUAGACUACCAGGGAGAGAUCAGCCGAUCCAAGCAGGAGAUAAAUCAGCUGCGAUCACUGCUCUCCUGGCCUGAAGUCAGGCUACACAGAUCAGCAGAUCAUCUUUUGAGUGCCCGCAGUGAUGAAGAGGCUCCUCCUGAGGGCUCACACGUGAGCCCAAAGCCCCAGAGCAUCCUGCACAUUAAAGAGGAGCAUGAUCAAAGGGAUGCUCAGCAAGGAGCCUCCUGUAGGCAGCAGAGUGAUGCCACAGUGUCACCUGAGGUUGUGACAAGAGGAGAUCACGAGGAUCCACCCUUGCACCUAUACACUGUAUUAACUGUUGAGCAGGCAGCAGCUAUCAAAGCUGAGCCACACGGAGAUGAGUGUUUAACAUCUACCUGCGGAAUAAACGUGGAGUCAGAAGUUCAACAACUUAACCCAGAAGAUCCACUGGAGAUCACUUAUUCUAAGAAUCAUGGGACUCAACAAGACCAGAGCCAGUAUCAGCACCGCUACAACCGUCAUACAUCUCAGAUCAUAAAAGUGCAGGCGUUUACAUCAUCUAAACCUCAGGAAGAGGCGGACUGUGACUGUACACUACCUCAUCAGCCAGUAGAUGAUUAUAAUGAGGCUCCUUCUCUAACCCUGAGCCCCAAAUGCAGUCUGAGCAACAAUGCACUUACUACAGAAAACAGGACAGAUGUUGAAGGCUGUACACUGUCUGGAGAGUCUCAGUCUGUCCACUCUGUAGAGCCAGAGCAGCUUGUUGGUCAGAGUGAGCAUACUAAAAACAUAGAGGGUGUGGGGAUUAAGCUGCUCAAACCAUCGGGAACAAGACAACAGAAAAGACAAAUCUCUGAGUUGAACUCCAAGGACGGAGACAGUAUGGAAGAAGAUGGAAAUCAUUUCAUAAGGGAGAGAAGGCACACAUGCCCCAUUUGUGCUAAGCGUUUUAAAGAGUCGAGUCAUUUGAAAGAUCACGUGAGGAUCCACACAGGAGAGAAGCCUUACCGCUGUAAGGAAUGCGGCGUGAACUUCAGGCAGAGCGGAGCCCUGACGUUACACAUGAGAAUCCACACAGGAGAGCGACCUUACCAGUGCACAGAGUGCGGCAGGCGCUUCAAUCGUAAAGGUGACAUGGAGACUCACAGGGUGACGCACACAGGGGAGAGGCCUCAUUCGUGCUUGUUUUGUGGGAAAACUUUUCAAAGGAAGAGCCAAUUAAACACACAUCUGAAGAUCCAUGAAGAGGACAGAACCGAUUACACUCACCCACUGUGACUGUUCACAGGAGACAGAAGUGACAUGUCUAAAACCCUUUAUUUUAAUUGCAACUGAUGUUACAACUGUAGGACUCAAGGAAGCAUGCUAGGAUAAAAUCAUUCCAUUUGCAAUCCACAGUUCUCAUCAUCAGUGACUUCAACACUUUCACCAAUGCAAAUCCCUCUCCUAACAACACGUUAUUUCUCUGUGUAAAACCAGGUUCUUGCCGAGCCUAGAACCAUAUAUCUUCAUUUCAUUAGAGACUAACAAUCUUAUUAAACUGUGUCUUAUCAUUAUCAUUGUAACAUUAGAUGUGAGUCAUAUAACAAUCUCUAUAAGUAAUAUGUGCAACUUUUACGCCACAAACUGAAAGAGCUCGUGUGAGCAGAUGUCUCUGAGUAUCAGUGCAAAUGCAAACCAGAAAUUCUUUAGUGAAGACAAAUUUAAUGAAGAAAGCUGCUGUAACGCAAACUGUAGAGUUAAAGGAGAUGAACACAAUGUCUCAGUUUUAAUAGGUAGUUGUCAAAACAAAACUAGCAUGUACAUUAAAGGGCAAGACAAUAAAAAAAUGAAUUCAUUCAGCUGGCAAACAUUUUCUACUAGACAAUUUUUGUGUCUCCAAAGUAAAUAAAUUGUCGUUUUUUUUUAUAUUUUCAUUGUGUCUGUUUUUUAAAUGAAAACAUAAGCAUUACAUGACAACAGGGGUCUCGAACUCCAGUCUCUGAAACCAUGUGUGCCUGUUGCAACACACCUGAAUAUAAUUAGUAGGUCAUUAGCAAGAGUAUAGAACUUGACUGCAUGCUGAGGUGGCAAUUCAGCCAUUUGAUUCAUAUUACAGCAGCUCAUGAGUGAAUGAACAUGGUGCAAUAAAGUACUGUUGGAAGUACAUUUUUCCAAAAACUUACAUUUACUUAAAUUUGCUUGAGUACUGUUAGCAGUUGCCACUUUAGCAUGUGUAGCAUUGUGUAGGUGUCAAAGAAGAGGAAUCUGUUGAGAAAUUCAUGUCAACUAUCACAAAUGUUUUUUAUUAUAUUUUUAAUAAAACGCUAUUACACUCCUUCAAAGUUGUUAAAUGUGAACAGACUUUUCCUUUAUUUUUUGUGGAAUAUUACAGCAGAUAUAGAUGAAACUUGUCUCAGAGGGACAGUAGGUGGCCCAGAGGAGGAAUGUGUUGAAAGUUUGAUGUCAACUAUCAAGUAUGAUUUUUAAUGAAUUUUUCCUGUGAUGCAACCAGGCUGUCCCAAUGCAAUGUGUGCGCGCGUGUAAGUGUGCUCGGGUCUGCGAUCGGUAAAGGAGAAAAGGCGCUGCCGUAAAGGCUAGUGUAGAAGCGCAAGAAAUGUUAUGCGGCGGCUAAGAGGCGGCUGAACUUUGGAAGUCGUUGGUGUAGAGUUUUCAAAGUACUUGUAGAAAAAGCUCCUGGAAGCGCUCACAAAAGUCACAUUCGAUUGUUGACUUCUGUUUUUAUACCUGCCGCUCAACACGUCAUCCUCAUCACCUUGACUCCCAGUGUCACCCAAGCAAAGUGGAGUGAUAAACAUGUCGGCUUUAUUUAUUCAGAAUAAGUUUCCCGUAAAAAU